AUGUCUCCAACACAAGGAGCGGAGACCGUCUUUAAAGCAGGUCGGUGUCUCCUAUGUCUCACAGGAAAGCACACCAGCCGAUUCUGCAGACUGAAAUCGAUUCGAUGUACGGUCGAAGGAUGCAAGAAUCCGGCGCACUCGACGUUGCUUCAUGGUUCCGAGUUUUCCACAAAAGCCAAUGCAAGCACCUCCAGUAACUACAAGACUACACCAGAAUCGAAACCACCACGUAGAGUGACUUUCGACAACAAAGUCGACGAAGCCUUCCUUGGUGCAUUAUCACGCACCGGGUCGGACACACCACGUCGAGUGCUCUUUAAAAUUGUUGUUCUUCGUCUACAACAGGGAGAGAAAGUCUUCGAUACCUUUGGAUUUAUAAACAGCGGAAGCGACUCCACCUUAAUCCGAAGUGAUGUGGCCAGAACCAAACUAGGUUUAUCCGGGCCAACAACGAAGAUCAACGUGACUUCUUACGACGGGGGAGUUACUCCAGUCAAUGCUCACAUAGUAGACUUCAUCAGUUCGCGAGACGGGUCGACUUCGUUCAAAGCAAGAAGAGCUUAUGCAUUAGACAAUCUACAGGUUGCUCAAAAUCCAACCUUUUCGGGCUUACAAGCAAAGGCAUUCCCUCAUCUACAAGGCCUGAAGCUCCCAGAAGUCCAAUCAGACCAAGUUACGAUUCUAAUUGGCCUCGAUGUAGCAGACGCUCACGACCACAGCGAAUCGCGUAAACCAAUGGAUGGGUCAACUGGACCGGUGGCUUUCAACACACCGUUUGGAUGGUGCUUGGGAGGCAAAGUGGGCCCGCAAAGCGAACAUCAGCAAACAAGCCAUUAUGUAGCUCACAUCACAUUGAAGGAAGAAGAAAGGAACCUUUCCGAACUUGUCGAGCGUUUUUGGAGGCUGGAGGCGAAAGACUCUGUGCAGCCUCCUACACUCAUGUCAGCAGAAGAUCGUGGAGGAGAGGAGAUCCUGAAAAGGACCUCCAGAUACAUAGAGAAUCACCAUCAAGCCGGUUUGAUGUGGAAAACCGACAACCCAGAAUUGCCGGACAACCACAGUAUGGCGCUCAGCCUCCUUUUCCAAAUCGAACGGCGAUUCAAGAGAGAUUCCAGUUACGCCAAACGUCACGACGACGUCAUCCAAGAAUACAUAAAACUUGGCCAUGCUCGUCUCUUAUCAACCGAAGAAGCUAAAUGGAGAACACCGAAGACAAACUACAUGCCUCAUCAUGGUGUUCAAAGUUCGACGAGUUUGACGACAAAAACACGAGUGGUCUUCGACUGUUCAGCAGAGUGUGAAGGUACCUCCUUGAACAAAAAUCUUCUUCGUGGCCCGAACUACCUCCUAAACUUACUUGCAAUAAUCUUGCUCUUUCGCAAGCACCAAAUUCCCAUCAGUAGUGACAUCGAUAAGAUGUAUCAUCAAGUUCUAGUUCCAGAGGAGGAUCAAGAUGCCUUUGGAUUUUUAUACCGGUCGCCAAGAACACGUCGUCAGCGCUUAGGUACAGAAUGA